UUUUAAAUAUUGUAUGUCGUACAAGAUUUGAAGUGGUUCUCCACAACAUCGUAUAUUCUCAAGUUUAAGAAAUUCUUUUUCUGUUACAAAUUACAACAUUAUACAAGGUUAUGUAAUACUCUGUAUUUAUAUGUGGAUAUGUAUGUAUGUAUGUAUGUAUGUACACAAUAUAGUCAGGUAGGAAGCAUGCGUAGCGGUGAUUUUAACAAUCCCGUCUUCGAUUGAGUAUUAUAUAUGUACUGAUAUAAUCUACGAACUCACGCUAAAUUAUCAAAAGUUCAUCACUCCACCGUCGACUGCGCUGAGAUAGAAAAUCUUCAAAUCUUACAACUCAGUACUGGUACAGGCCAGUACAGACCAUUCAAGACUAAGAUUUCUCUUGUUUUGUUUGUGAAUUUAAUGUAACCUCAUAUAUUAAAAAGAAAUGGAAGAAAAAUUCAUUAAAAAGAGUCUCCGUAAACAACAACGAGCUCAUCACAGACUUCUUAAAGAUAUGAAUAUUAAAUGCUGUAAUAAUCCAACAAAGUAUUUGAUGAUUUGCAAUGCUGGUUUGAUAACUGGACUCAAACGAGAAACAUUACAAAAUAUUACAAACUCAACUGUUUCGAAAUAUGAUAUAAUAAUGCCACCAAAUAAAUCCUAUUGUUUCAUUAAAUUUUAUUCAGUGGAAGAUGCUGAAUGUACAUAUGAACUUCCUCCAGGACUUAGAUUAAUAGAAAAUAUUAUAACUGAAGAAGAAGAAAAUCAUUUAUUGAGUACAAUUGAUUGGACUAAUGAAGAAUCUGUUUCAUAUGAUUUAAAACAUAGAAAAGUUAAACAUUUUGGCUAUGAAUUUCAAUAUAAUUCAAACGAAGUAAAUCCUGAUAUACCAAUUACACCUAUUCCCCAAGAAUAUCAAUUUUUACAAAUGUUAUUUAAGCAAUAUCACAACGUAUCAUAUGAAUACGAUCAGUUAACAAUAAACCAUUAUUUACCUGGGCAAGGAAUUCCUCCACAUGUUGAUACACAUAGCGUCUUUGAAGAUUCUAUAUUGUCAUUGUCAUUGGGUUCAGCAUGUAUUAUGGAUUUUAAACGAGACGCUGAGAAAGUCAAUAUUCUUUUACCUCCUCGUUCAUUAUUGAUUAUGUCGGGAGAGGCUCGUUAUGCAUGGUCCCAUGGAAUUUGCCCCAGACAUAAUGAUAUAGUCAAAUCUACAGAUGGAACAACGACACAACCACGUGGUACAAGAGUGUCAUUUACAUUUCGAAAAGUGAGAAGAGGUGAUUGCCUUUGUGCUUUUCCACAAUACUGUAACAUUAAAAGAAAAUCUCCCACUACUCUUAUAGAUGAUAAAAUAGCAACAGGACUAGAAUUCUCUUACGUACAUAAUGUUUAUGAAAAUAUUUCAAAUCAUUUCAAUGAAACUAGACAUAAGCAGUGGCCAAACGUUUUAAAGUUUCUUCAAUCAUUAAAUCCAGGUGACAUUCUGUUAGAUGUAGGUUGUGGAAAUGGCAAAUAUCUUCAUGAACAACAUAAUAUAUUUAAGGUUGGAUGUGAUCGAAGCCAAAAUUUAAUGAAAAUAUGUUACAAAAAGAAAUUUGAAGUUUUUUUAUCUGACUGUUUAUAUUUGCCAUAUAGAGAUAAUAGUAUAGAUGCAGCAAUAAGCAUAGCAGUAAUUCAUCAUCUUUCAACCCAUGAAAGAAGAAAACAAGCAAUUGCAGAAUUGGCACGACUUCUUAGACCUAAUGGAAAAUGUUUAAUUUAUGUAUGGGCAAAAGAACAAGAAAAAGAUUCUACUCAAACUGCAUACCUAAAGUAUAAUACAAGUAAAAAAGAUAAUACACCGUCAUGUGUACAGAAAUUAACAGAAUAUGGUGUAAUAUUACCAGUUCAUGAAAAUCGUACAAAAUUUAUGUCUACAGAUAUGCUUGUUCCUUGGAAAAGGAAAGAAGGAGGAAAUUUUCUAAGAUAUUAUCACGUAUUCGAAGAAGGGGAACUACCGCAGUUGUGCUCACAAAUACCUAUGGUUAAAAUAGAACACGUAUAUUAUGACGAAGGAAAUUGGUGUGUAAUUUUACAAAAAGAAUAGUGAAAUAAUUUAAUUUUAAUAAAGUAUUUUUGUAUACGGAA